CAACAUGGCGUCUUUCACAAGCGUUUGACUUCUCCGAACAGGACCAAAACGCAGCAAAAGAUAAAUAAGACUGUGUAGCGAGGUUGACUAAUUAUAUUUCAGACAGGAGGAUGAGACCGUUGCUGGUAGUGUUUAAACGAAUCCACAAACCACCCGUUUACACCAGUCGCCCGCGUUGUCUGAGCUCCUGUGCUAGCAGCGGCCUCUCACCUCUUCGAGAUGACGCUCUGAUCUUGGGGUCCAGUCGGGAGUUGGUGCAGAGACUUGGCUCACAGGUAGAGGUGAGGACGGCCUUCAUCACCGAGGAAGAGGAGGGGGUUCUGCUACGAGAGCUGGAGCCAGGCCUAAAGAAGAAACGCUACGAAUUUGACCACUGGGACGAUGCUAUUCACGGGUACCGAGAGACUGAGCGUGUGAGGUGGGGGGCAGCAUGUGAGGAGGUCUUGAACCGUGUCCGAUCUGUAGCGUUUCCGGAGGGUAGUCCACUCCUCGGGCCUGUGCACAUUUUAGAUUUGGACAAGACUGGCUACAUCAAGCCUCACAUCGACAGCGUCAAGUUUUGUGGCAGCACUAUCGCUGGGUUGAGUCUUCUGUCGGACAGUAUCAUGCGUUUGGUGAAGGAAGAUGCCAGCAACGAAUGGCUGGACCUUCUGUUGCCCCGACGCUCCCUCUACAUAUUGAGAGACCAGGCCCGAUAUAACUUCACUCAUGAGAUCCUGAAAAAUGAGGAGUCUGUGUUCAGUGGACAGAGAGUGCCCCGACAGCGUCGUAUCUCCGUCAUCUGUCGGAACCUUCCAGGCUAAUGCCCACAUUCACUCAGCUUGGAUACUAACGGAACAUCAUAUGAAUUUAAAGGAUUGUGUCAGUGAUCUCCAUUAAGAUAUUAAAGCUGAUAUCCCCUGUGUUUUUUGGUUAAUAUAACAUUAUUAUGUAUAUACAUCUACGGCAAAGUGUCCAGGACAUUUAUUGUAGUUGUGACACUCUCUAGACUGUGCUAUUGAGAAAUAUUGCCCAGCUUGCUGGGUCAUAAUUUAGAGUAUUAAAUAAGUCUAAAAGAACCAGGAUAGUGGCAAUGAUGUGUAUUGCACAGUGGUUAUCUUUUCAGAGAUUAUAAUGAAAUUGAUGAUUCCAUAAUUACCAGAUUUCAUUCACUGGAGUGGGUUUAAAGUCUCUCAAUGGCUGAUUUAAAUAAACAGCGCUCCUCUGCUUCUGUAUAAUACAGAGACUCUUAGUGAAGCAUUUCCGAGUACACUUAAGCAAUAAAAUAAAGGUGAACUUGAAUGCA